UAAAAACAGGAAUUUAGUUGAAAUGUAGACGUUUAAAAUAGAAGACCUAUGAAUCGAUUUAACAAAAAGUGCCGGAACGAUUUUUGCUUAUUUCACAACGCGCUUAUAUGCAUGCAUCUUCCAAAAGUUAGUUUCAAAGUGCAUUUAUCACACAAAAAAGCAAAACAAAUGAACGGAUGAAAGAUCGAAAUAACAAAAAAAAAUCAAAUAUUAACAUAUAUGCAAUCUUUGAAGUUCAAGUUUAAAAUGUCAAAGUGUUAUUAUGCCAACAAUUUUUUGUGUUUAAUUUUUAUAUUUGGGCAAGCUGGAAUUUCAGCAGCAGCCUCCUAUCCAGCCGGCUGGAUAGACUAUAAAAAUGAAAUCAAUGACCCACGGUCACAGUAUGCAGCUAAAAUGUUAUCCUUUAUGGACCAAUCGGUGCAUCCCUGUGACGAUUUUUAUGAAUACGCCUGCGGCAAUUGGAAGAAUGUGAUAAGGCCACGCCAAACUCAAUCGAAACGCAACUAUCUUACAGACAUCGAUUACGAAUUAACUGACUUUGUGGAAAGUAUAUUGCAAAAGCCUACCAUUGUGGAUAUAGCCCCCGAGUAUGAGAAUGAGUUCCAGCAAACAAAGCAAUUCUAUCAAAAUUGCCUGGAAGCCGAUUUAUUGACAAAACACAAAUCCUAUGAUUAUUUGCAGGUUAUACAAUCAAUAGGUGGCUUCCCAGCAUUGGAUCCUUAUUGGGAUGCCAGCACUUUCAGUUGGGUUGACAUGAGUGCCCACAUGAGCCUAUAUGGUGUAUAUGGCCUCUUUAAGGAUGGCACCAGUUCCGUAUAUCCCUUCAAGCCUUAUUUUGAUUUUCCCUCAUUUGGGUUUGACAUUGAAUUUCACACCGACAACAUAAAAAAUCAUACUUCCAAUGCCUAUCAGAGCAACUAUAAACGAAUGGAGGAGAUUCUAAGAAUCUACGAAGCAGAUGAAUAUCAAAUACCGCAUAUUAUAGACGACAUUUAUGAUUUCUUAAGAGCUGUAUUUAAAAUUUUCGAAGAAGUUGAGGAGAAUGAAUAUAUAUGCAAGGAUCGUUUAACAUCUUUUGAGGAAAGCGCCAUAGAGACUGUCAACACUACAGUGGUAGAGCAAUUGAAAAAUUAUCUAGAAAUAGCAUGGAUGAAUAGGGAGCAGGAGUUCGAUGAUGCCUAUAAACCUUGUGAAUAUUUGUACUACAAUUUGGCUAUGAUAUGUGAGGAGCAUAAAGAAGCCGUCGCCAAUUAUCUGUCUAUGAAAUUUAUUUAUGACCUGGAUCCCCAUUUAAAGGAUGUGAAACUUCAAAAGGAGUAUUGUACUUCAAUGAUGAGAAACGUUAUGAUUUAUCUAUUCGAUCAUGUAUAUAUGAAGAUUAACAGCAACCAACGGGCUUUUGAUGAGGUGAAUAACAUGAUUGACGAAUUGAAGCCUAAUCUGCGCACAAUUUUGGAAGAGGCCGAUUGGCUGGAUGACUCAACGCGAGAAGAGGCCCUCUGGAAGGAAUCCACAAUGGGCAAAGUUAUAGGAAGAUAUGAAGAUAGUGAGGUGAUACAACGCCUCAUAGGCGAAAUGAAAAAUCUACAAUUUAUUGAAGGUAGUUUCGAGGCAAACAACUUAAAUCUAAAGAAAUUUCAACAAUCAAUGGAUCGUUACAAUGGGCUGCACCACGAUGAGAUAAACAAUGGCACAAAACCUCUGCAAUUGUUGGUGGGCAUGCAAGCCAAUGCCUUCUACUACAAUAGCGAUAAUUCCAUGUAUGUUAUGGCGGGUGUGCUUAAUCCUCCCAUGUUCCACAAAGAUUGGCCAAAUUCGUUAAAAUAUGGCACUCUGGGUUAUUUGGUUGGCCAUGAGUUGACACAUGCCUUCGAUACGGUGGGAGCAAGAUAUGAUCACAGCGGUUCGGAGAACUAUUGGUGGUCCGAAGAAUCUGGGCAACAAUUCAAGGAGCGUGCCCAAUGUUUCGUGGACUAUUUCGACCGAUAUUAUAUACCCGAAAUUGGGCGUAAUAUCAAUGGCAAUUUGACCAGAGACGAAAAUAUUGCCGAUGCUGGAGGCUUGCGUCUGGCUCUAAUGGCUUAUCAUCACUUUCGGGAAAAACAAGCUGCCGAUUAUGAUAGUUUCCCUUAUUCGAAUGAGAGCGAAGAACGCAUGCCCGGCCUGGAUUUAAGUCCGGAACAACUAUUCUUUUUGGGAACAGCUCAAGUGUGGUGUUCAGCCUAUGAGGAAGCCCAUUACUGGGAAGGUUUGUCCGAUGAUCACACAAUCGACAAGUACCGAGUCCUGGGUAUGUUAUCCAAUAACGCUGAUUUUGCAAAUGCCUACAAUUGUCCUUCGGGCAGUGCUAUGAAUCCAACGGAGGAGAAGUGUGCCAUAUGGUAAAAUUAUUACUAUAUAAGUAUGAAAUAACACUUAUAUCAAAUGUUAGUAGCAAAUAUUUAAAAUAAAUUAUAUUUUAUUGUGUAA